ACACAGCAACAAUGGCGGAGAAUAGUGAGAGUGGGAAAAAAAUCACCAUUAUGGUGAAAACACCAAAAGAUAAGAAAUCUGUUGAAAUCGCAGAUGAUGCGGAAAUCAAGGAUUUGAAGGUUGUCGUGGCCGAAAAGUUCGAUACGAAUCCUGACCUGGUGUGUUUGAUUUUUGCCGGAAAGAUAAUGAAAGACACCGACACGCUCAAGACACACAACAUCAAAGAGGGGUUGACGGUGUAUCUGGUCAUUAAGGCGGCUCCGCGCACGGAAACCGAGGGAACUCGCAGAACCCCCGCUGACGUGAGCCAAACGCCGUUUGGAUUGAAUCAGCUGGGUGGCCUUGCCGGUCUCGGUGCGUUAGGGGGUAAUCAGACCAACUUCAUGGAUUUGCAGUCUCGUAUGCAGCACGAGUUGAUUGACAACCCCGAUCUUAUGCGCACCGUGCUGGACAAUCCGCUCGUACAGCAAAUGAUAAACAGUCCGGAUACGAUGCGCCAGAUCUUAACCUCGAACCCGCAGAUGCAGGAGCUGAUGCAACGCAAUCCGGAAAUUUCGCAUAUGCUGAACAAUCCGGAACUGCUCCGGCAAACGAUGGAACUAGCUCGCAAUCCUUCGAUGCUGCAGGAGCUUAUGCGCUCGCAUGAUCGUGCCAUUUCCAAUCUGGAGAGCGUCCCGGGCGGGUAUAGUGCGCUGCAGCGGAUUUAUCGUGACAUUCAGGAACCGAUGAUGAAUGCCACCUUCCGCAAUCCUUACUCCGGGACGUCCGACUCUGGCAGCACCAGUGGAGGUGGCGGAAAUCCGCAGCAGGGCACCGAGAACAGAAGUCCUCUGCCCAAUCCCUGGAGUAGCAGCGGCACUGGAAGCGGAGGUCGUGCAGGUGCCGGUGCAGCAGGUGGGCCAACGACCGAUGCAGCAGGGGCACCGCUUGGAUUGCUGAAUACGCCCGCGAUGCAGAGCUUGCUGCAGCAGAUGAGCGAUAAUCCGUCGAUCAUGUCGACUAUGCUGAACUCACCGGCUACACGGAGCAUGAUGGACGCCCUAGCUGCCGACCCGGCGAUGGCAGCGAAUCUGAUGAACCAAAAUCCGUUGCUGGCUAACAAUCCUGCGCUGCAAGAGCAGAUGCGCACGAUGAUGCCGCAGCUGCUGCGGCAGAUGCAGAAUCCUGAGGUGCAGCAAAUGGUCACGAAUCCUCAGGCGUUGAAUGCGAUUCUGCAAAUUCAGCAAGGCAUGGAACAGCUGCGAUCGGUGGCCCCCGGCCUGAUGAGUACGAUGGGUAUUCCACCAAUGCCCGGUGCUCCGCCAGCGGCGGCCGGCGCAGCUACAGCGGGCACGGGUGCGGCUGAAACGGCCACAAAUAGGACGACCACGGGCACCACCGAAGGUGCUACUGGUGCAGCCGCAGCCCAGCCUGCGAACAACGAUGCUCUGUUCUCAGAGUUCAUGGCACGCAUGAUUAAUGGGAUGGCGUCAGGUACGGCCGAUACAAGCAUUCCACCAGAAGAGCGCUACCGGUCACAACUGGAGCAGCUAGCGGCGAUGGGGUUCGUUAAUCGCGAGGCUAACCUGCAAGCUUUGAUUGCGUCCUUCGGCGAUAUCAACGCGGCCGUAGAGCGAUUGCUCGCGCUUGGUCAACUGUCGCUAAGCUAACAAUGUGCGCCUUUUAAUUGAAUUGGAUCGCAAACCGGGAAACGAACCCGUGGUAACAUUAAUCUAAUCUUGCUUUCCAUUCGUUCGAUUCAUGAUUUUUGUGUUAGAAAACCUAUUUUUUCCGGGGGAUAGAAACCGAACCGCCCUAUUGUAUGAUGUACCUACCAGGCUCAUAAAAGGAUCGGGCUAACGUUAGCCUUUGUACGGGCAAACGGAUAAGGGCGAAGAAACAAUAUAUACGUUUUAAGAAAAUCUUUUUAGGAACGGGAGUGUACGCAUUUUCUAUUUUUUCGCUUUUAUUUGUUUUUUUUCUACAUCGGGAAAAGGAUCUAGUUUGACACGGUCAUUAAGCAGUAAAUAGCAAUCGAAGAGAAGAUUUGAACGACGGAGAGAGAUCACCAUACAUUCUUUAUUAAAAAUAGUACACACGCAUCGGUUCCCACACUAAAUGUUGGUAGAUAGCAACACUCGGCGAUGUUCCCUUUGUAUCUCUACCACCCAGGCGGAUAUAUGUUCUAUUUAGGAGGAAAAUACUUUGAUAAUGAUGAAGCUGUUUGCGUGAUUAGCAUUGAGUUUGUCUGACAGACGACUACGCGAUUUUUUCAAACAUUACGUGAAGCUGUGGCCAAUGAAGGGAAGAGAUUGAAUAUGAAGCAUGGCGCGGAAUGCUCGGGAAGUAAAUAGUUCGUCUAUUUGUAAGGAAGGAAUUGUACAUGAUGCCGUCAGAUGGUUCUCCAGACCCAGAGAGAAUCAUGAAGUAAGGUUCAAAGCAUUAUUUGACUAUUUUCUUGAAUACCGUUCGAAGACACCAAGCGCGUCUGAGUCCCCUUGACAUAGCAAUCGAAAAGUAAUGGAAAAAUAACUCGAUCUAGAUACACAAUUAAUCCCUUUCUACACACACUGCUAGUUCAUGUGAAAGAUGUAAUAACACUUAUAGUAAACCCGUGUCUGGAAUAUUAGCACACAACACACCUACUAUCUUGCUCUGCCGCUGCAACAGCAGUAGAAGAAUGAUUAAGAAAGCAACGCGAUGGAAGAAAUGGCUAAAUUUACGAGUGAUGCAGAACCCCAAGGGCGAUCCCAACGCUACUUUUUCCAUCUUUCCCGCUCGGCACCCGCUGAAGAGAGGUUCCGGUACAGCGAGUUGCGAGGACGCCAGAAUCGACGGAUAGAUAUAUACAUAUAUCAAUAGUAUAUUCAAUAAAAUGUUAAACCAACUGC